AUGGAGCUAAGGGCCUCCCUCGCAAGGGCGGUACGACAGGUGCAGAGACGGGAGUUCGAGGAGAUAUUGACAUUAGAAGCCGGGAGGCCGCUGUCGACCUCUUCCCGACUGCGUUCGCUGAGCCCGUUUGUGGAUAAGGACGGGACGCUACGAGUGGGAGGCCGAAUCCAAGCAGCCCAGCUGUCGUACCAGGAGAGACAUCCCCUCAUUCUCCCGAAGGGCGGCCACUUCACGCUACUGCUCAUUCGAGACGCUCACCUUGCGAUGCUGCACGGAAGACCGCAACUUAUGCAGAGCUUCCUGCUCCUGUCCAAGGCCGUCCACCUGGAAACAGUGUUGGACCUGUCGACUCAAGCCUUUCUUGCUGCUUUUCGACGGUUCGUGGCUCGCCGAGGGCGCUGUCUCCGCCUCCGCAGCGACAAUGCCACCAACUUCAGAGAAACGGACGCGGAGUUGAAGAAGAUGUUUAGAGCAGCAUCGAAAUUCUACGAGGGAGUGGGCGAGUCCUUAGCAAACGAUGGAACUGAAUGGAAGUUCAUUCCUCCGCAAGCGCCGCACUUCAGCGGUCUCUGGGAGGCCGGAGUCCGCUCGGUGAAUCACCACCUCCGACGCAUCCUUGGUGAUCAGACCUUGACAUUUGAGGAGCUAACCACACUUCUGUGCCAGAUUGAGGCUUGCCUCAAUUCGCGACCGCUGUAUCCAAUGAGCCCCGAGGCAUCCGACCUGGUCGCGUUGACUCUGGGCCAUUUUCUGAUCGGGGAGCCCCUGUGCAAUCUGCCAGAGGCCCCGGAGCCGGACGCGCCCUCCAGCCCGCUGGCACGAUAA